ACCUAUUCCAAACUUGUCUCGGCAUGUUUUGGCUUCGCUAUAGCCCUGCAUUGCCGAGGAAGUCUCGGGCCUGUGUGCAGGUCAGCUGUGAUGGCCUCCCCCUUCGUGCAGUAUUUGGACCUUUUCCUGGAGGCCGUCAAACGGUGGGUCGGGCUGAGCGUCACGCGCUGCUGAUGGCCAUGACGGGCGUGCCGUACCUGCGGUUCGUCGUGACCGACCUGGCGGCGCUGGCGAGAGAGGUCGACGCCUGGGACUACAGCCAGGCGGCUUCCGGAAGUGAGUACGCGGACAUUUGGAGGUCCAUCUUCGAGCUCAAGGAUGGACGGUCCGAUGAUGGCCGAGUUCGGCCUGCUGCAUGCUGGUGCCCUGCGCACCUCGACCUCGGCAAGUUCGUGGCCCAGUUGGGGAGCUGUGCUGGGGAUUUCUACGGCAAUCAGUGGGCCUUGACUUUUUCGCCAAGGUUGGCGGGCGAUUGCACAGGCUGCCCGCCACUCUCUUGGACCUGUACAAGGUGAAGCUCAGAG